UAAGCGUACAACAUGCUUAUGUCAAACAGAAACUGCAGCUUUAAAACCGCGAACCGUACAUGUAUGUGCUAUGACAUAUGUGCUACUUUUAGAACAUAUUUUCUUUUUUCACUUUCUGUUUCGCUAUAUUGUUCUUCCCUUUCACCUGGCUGCUAAAUUCCUCCUACAGGAGACAAUAAAAUGUGCAAGUGACAUCACUGAACACAUUCGAUAACCUGAUCUCUCAACCAGCAGGUUUUACUCUGAAGAAUGGAUGUUUUCCAAAUCAACAACACUUACAGCAUCAGCCCCUGCGAUGUAAAGCAAGAAGCUGGACACACCAUAACAGUGGUGACAUUAAUAGUCAUUUGUAUCGGCCUUCCAUUGACGCUUGUGGCCAUUUUUGCUGUUUUUUCUCUGGUGCAAAAGGAUCAUGUCGCUCCAAUCUAUGCCAUCAACCUCCUCAUUUCAGACCUCAUUCAGUUCUGCUGCCUGAUCGUUUGGAUGGCACAACCUGAGAACUGGACGAUAUGUCAGAUUGUGUUUCAUACUUACUACUCCAGUGUGGUGGCCAGUGUGUGCUUCAUGAUGUGCAUCGCCCUGGAAAGGUAUUUGGCCAUCGCCUGGCCACUGUGGUACCGCUUCAGACGAACCAUCAAGAUCUCAGUGGUGGUCUCUGUUGUUGUCUGGGCUCUUCCUCUUGUCUAUCUCCUCACAUUUAUUUAUUAUAAUUUACUUAUGGUCUCACACAGGAGAAAGCUUGAGAAUUCUCUCAAUGGAGAGAGGACCAUUUCUGUCUUUUUGCUUCUUCCUCUCCCACUGUUCAUAUUCUUCCUUGGUGGGAGCCUCAAAGCCCUGUCUGCUUCCAUCGCAGUUUCCUCUGAUGAAAAACGGCGAAUUGUAGGAAUGUUGGUCCUGGUGCUGCUUAUUUACACACUGCUGUUCCUGCCCAACGUCAUUUGGCUCCUGGCAGAGGGAGUCAGACGGAACAGUUCUUUUACUGACGUGUCUACUGUGUGUCUCAGGUUGAGUCCUCUUGCAGACUUAGUUCUGUAUGUUUUCAUGAGGAAAGGGGCCAUAGACAAGCUGUUGGCCUAUGUGUGUUGUUGCAGAAUGGACAACAAUGAUACCAGCAGUUCAGCAGUAUGAAUGAUGACAACAUGUCCACAGUGCAGAGGCGAAGCCAGAGUCCUUCCUAUAACUGGUAUAAUGCACAAAUGGAACACCCUUCUGAGUGUGCAGGUGUGUGUCAUUGCAUAAUUGGACUGUCCUGUUUAAAUUUAGCUCCACAACUUCAAAACCAGUGCACGAAAAGGAUGUGAUUUUGGCAUCAGCACUCUUCCACAUUAAUGUGGAAAUGGAAGAAGAUGCUUUAAAGUUGAAUUUUUACGAUUUAGCAAGUAAAAGCCACAAAGUGGAUUAACUUUGUGGUUUUUAAGUGGAUUAAGCCAAGGGUUGCCAACCGUCCCUUGAAAAACGGAAUUGUCCCCCAUUUAGAAGCAAAAGCACCCGUCCCGUAUUGAGGUGAAAAGGGACGCACUUUGUCCCGUAUUAUUGUGACAGUCAAAAAAUAGUCAGUAAACGCCAAUAAAAAAUGAAUAACAGGGCGCUUUAUAUGUAAACUUACGGUAAACUUGUUCCCAGGCCGUCCUGCUCUGUGACCAAUGAGCUGACAGCAUAUUCACACACGAGUAUGAC